GAGAGCGCAUUCACAGGUAUGGGAAUUCGUAAAUUUUAUUGAAAAUCGUGUAAUAAUCCGAAUAAUUAGGUAGAUUUAAGCUGCUUGUAAAUAGAGGCUGUAUAUAUAAGAGUAGGUCAUAAUGAGUUUGGGUGCGCGCGCCACCAAGGGUGGUGCGAAGGGGAAGGACGGCAAGCAACAGGACAAAGGAAAGAGCACAGACAAGCCGCAGGCUAAGGAGAAGUCAAAGCCACAGGCGACAACAGAACAACUCCGCAUGGCAAAUAUAAUUGACCGUAAAGGCGAAGAUGCCGAUGUCCGCAGAAUGGUGACGGAGCUCAUGGAGAUGACAUGUAGAACUGAAGAGGAGGUGUGCUCCGCGCUCCACGACACGGACAACGACAUGGCGGCCGCUUGCAAUCUGUUGCUCGAAGAAAGUCCACGGAUACAGAGCGAAUGGCAGACGAGCGAAAAGAAGAAGAAGAAACCGCCAGCGCCGGCCGGCAACGGGGAGCUCGAGCCGAGCAAGGAGCGGGACUCGCGGGACCCGCGCGACCCGCGGGACCCCAGGGACCCACGGGACCCGCGCGCUAGAUCCGGACCGAGACCACGUCGUGGAGAAGGCGAAGGCGUGCGCGGUCGGGGCUCCGGGCGCGGUCGGGGCGGAGCGCGGGGCGGGCGGGGCGGAGCGCGAGGGGCUCGCAGGGGCGGCCGGGGCGCGCCCAGGGACCGCUCGGAGCACUGGGGGCCGGGGCAUACUGGCGGUAACAUGGGUGACUCAUUCCCUGCCACAGAAGAUUGGGACAAUGAGGAAUGGUCAGGCUCUCUAUCAGACACCAAGGUGUUCACACCGAGUUCCUUGGCACAGAAUGCGGCGGCGGACGGCGAAGCGGCCAACGCGCAGCCGACUGAAGACUGGGAGUGCGGGCCGGAGACGAACGGUCCGAGCGAAGGCCACAUACCCACAUACACGUACCACAACACACAGCAGCACCACACCAAUAUUAUUGAACAACAAAUGGUAUCGGUGUCGGCGUCUGGUGGUGUGGUACCAACACCGCCAGCCAACGCUGAACCGGCAGACAAUUAUCAUCAUCAUCAGCCAAUGGGUAUGUCGGGUACUUUGAGCGCGGCGCAAUCGCAGUAUCUAUCGCAGCUGACGCACCAAGUGCAGAGGCAUGACAAUAGUGUGUACGCAAGCAACUACGGCGUGUACGGUUCCACGGACAUGGCCACGCAGAGGAAGACGCAACGCGCCAGGGUGCCGCCGCCUUCCAAGAUCCCGUCGUCAGCUGUAGAGAUGCCGGGCGGCGGUGAAACGGGCGGUGGCGUGUUCCUAGACGUGCAGUUUGGAGCACUAGAGCCCGACGCGUUAGACACGCCCCCCGCACCGACCCCCGCGCCCGCCCCCGCAGCCCCCGCAGUAGCUGCACACCAGCAACACCAACAACAUCAGCAACAUGCGCAGCCCACUGUACAGGCAACGCCGCAAGUAACGCCACAGGCUGAGCCUCAAGUAGUGUCGACGAGUCACGAAACUACAACAGAGGCGCCUACGGCCACCUACCCUAAUGCUAACACUAUGUUAAAUGAGAGUCUCAACGCGGUAGAGUCGACGGCGACGAGUCAAGCUGUUACGUCAGAGCCGGCUGUAUCUAAUACGACCUCAAUAGACAAACUAUCGGCGUCACUGAAAGCGGCGUCGGUGACGGAGGCGGGGUCUGGCGGCGCUCAGUCGGCGAUGCAGCACCACCACCAGCACUACGCGCACCACAACCACAGGACCAAGCCGCAGCCCCCGACGGGCGCGGCGAGUGCAGCGGGCGCGAGCGCGGGCGGGGUGUACGCGAGCGGCGUGUCGCACCACCCGCCCCUGUACGGGUCGCCGCUCUAUGCGCCACAGGCGAACUCAAGUUCGGGCUCGCUAGCGGGCGCGGGCGCUGUGAGCACGGCCUACCCGUCCACCGUCACACUAACUACGUACCAGCCUAUUAUUAAUUCUUAUCAGCAAACGUCGUCAUCAGCGGGCGUAUACGGCGGCGGAGCGCUAUACACAGCAGCGCCCUACGCGUCAUACCAACCCUCACAAUUACCAGCCAAACAUAAGGACCAACCACAGUAUGACAAUUCAGUAGCGUCGAGCAAUAGUUUAACGAGUGCGUCGACGACACAACAAACGUCCACAGCCAAAGUUGUCACAACUACCGUGAGCGGUGCAGUGAACAGCGGCGUGUCGUCAACGACGGGCAGCACGAGUGCGGGUGCGGGCGCGGGCGCGGCGGGCGGCGCGGGCGGCUACGCGGGCGGCGCGCUCUACGGCGGCGGCACGUACUACGACGAGCAGCUCAUGCGCGGCACGCUGCCGCACCACAUGGGUGGAUAUUACGAAGUGGGCUAUGGAGGUCGGGACGGUGGCACUUUUGGAUUGGGAGCGGCGGAACGAUUCCCACGGACUGAUGCUGCUUCACCACAACAAGUUCCUGCCGCGUUACCGCCCGGCUAUGCGUACUUCUACCAACCGCCACCAACGACGUACCAGUAUGGUGUCUAUCCAACGUACGGCGGCGGUUCAAGUGUAGGCGGUGUGGGCGUAUCGGGCGGUGGGAAAGUAUCUGCUUAUUCACAGCAACAGCAGCCGCCUUAUGACGCGCAGGAUACUUAUAAACCUGGCGGUCCGUACACGGGCACAGCGACGAAAUCAGCGGGCGCUGCGACGGCAGAUCUCAGUAACGCGAUGUACGGCAAAGCGCAUGUUGCACUCAACAAGGUUAACAGCUACGAGAAGGCCGGGUUCCACAGCGGCACGCCGCCGCCGUUCGGCGCCGCCUCGCACCUGUACAUCCCCGCGCCGCCCCACCACCACCCGCACCACCACCCGCAGCACCAGAUGGAUGUACGGGUGAACAGUAGUCAUAAUAGGCGGGAGAGCGGAGCGGGCGGUCGCGCGGCGGGCGGCAAGGCGGGCGGCAGCAAGCCGGCCUACUCGCAGUCCUACUGGGCGCCCAACUAGUGCGGAGUUAACAACGGUCAUUCGACACUGUACAUAGGGCGCCAGCCACACACAUCCAGUCAAUUGACACGCGUUCACACACACUUGUGUUUACGCGUAACAACAACAACACUGCGCAACAACAAUCCAGAAUACGUGCCUCGGUGCGCUGUAACAACAACUCGAGGGAAAUUCAACUCUAUGCGCAUCGAUUAGAAUUUAUAUUUAAACAGGACUGUAUAGUACUCGCGGUUCGCACGUAUUCGUUUUGUAAAUCACUCGGUAAAUUGCUAUGUUUUCGAUAUGUUUUAUUUGCGCUUGUGCGAUUUUAAUUUUGUGUUUUUUUGUAUGCGUUUGCGCGCAAACUUGCCGCGGCGUCGCAACGAUUUGUAGAGAAUUAUUUGAUAUCAUGUUGUAAAUUGUCUCAUGCGUCGCGUUUAUUAUUUGGCGCGUCGCGGCGUGUAUAAAAUGUGGUUUGCGCGUGAAUGCUGUUUAUGACGCGUGUGACGCGUGUUGGUGCGUCACACGCGUCAGCGAGCGUGUGCGCGUAAUACAAGUGUUGUUGGACCGGUCCGUUUUGUUACGUAACAGAUGCCUUCGUGUAUUUAAAAAACUGUAUAACUGAUAUUGUAAAAUAAAAUGAAAGGAAAUUGAAUGGAAAAUGCUAUGUUUAUAAAAAAAGUUUUCUUUUAAAAUUCCUAGUGUAUUAGCGUCGGCGCGUUGCGUUCAUAUAAUUUUUUUUUGUCCUACAUUAGCGUUGAAUCGCGAGAUUAGAUUAGGUUAGUAUUUAAUUUCUGAUUAUGUUAGUGCGCUUGCCCGCCGCGUGUUGCCGCGUGUUGCCGCGUGUGGCCGCGUGUUGCCGCGUGUU